AUGCAGGGCGACGGGGACAGGGGGCCGCACGCGACGCUGCCGCAGCUGCUGUCCGCGGCCAACGACCUGAAGAAGCUGGUCGCGCUGAACUACAUCGCGGUCGUGAAGGCGUGCAAGAAGCGGAACAGGCUCAUGGUCGAGGCGUUCGGCCCCGACACGGCCCCCGUCAACCCGCUCGACGUGCUGCGCUCCCAGCCCUUCUUCACCUCGGCCGAGCUCGCGACGAUCGGCACCCAGGCGGAGAUCCUCGCGCGCGAGACGUACGGCGGCGUGGACGUGGCGGCGCUGGACGACUUCACGUGCGCCAUCUGCCUGGGCCCGCUGCAGGACCCGGUGAUCCUGUCGUGCGCCCACUCCUUCUGCUGGGGCUGCAUGGUCGCCCACUGCGCGUCCAAGGUCCUCGGCCGCAGCCAGGCCGCGCACCGCCCGCCGGCGCCCGCCGCCAUCAAGCCCGACGUGGGCGCGCACGCCGAGGCGCGGGCGGCGCGCGAGGACGCCGAGGCGGCGCGGGGGCAGCCGCCGAACGACGGCGCCGCGGAGGGCGCGGCCGCCGCCCCGGCCCCGCGCGCGGAGGGCGUGCUGGACAUGUUCGACUGCCCGAUGUGCCGCAAGCCGCAGGUGGCGGACAUCAACGCCCUGCGCGUGGACACGGAGCUCGCGCGCUUCAUACAGAAGCUGCAGACGCUGCGGGUGUCGGACGGCGCGCAGGGGCACCCGCGCAAGGGCGCGGAGGGGCACGCCGCGGGCGUCGAGGGGCUGGUGGCGUCGCACGCGGAGCUGGUGGAGACGCUGCGGGACCUGGUGGUGCCGCACCCGAGCCACUGGCUGUCGGAGGUGCAGACGACGCCGGAGCGCGACGAGGCGCUGGAGAGCCACAACGCGGAGAAGCCCGCGGGGGCGCCGCCGACGCUGGGGAUCAAGCCCGCGGAGGACGAGGCCGCGGGGGCGCCGGAGAAGGCGCUGGGCCCGUCGGCGAAGGACGUGCGGGAGCUGCAGCAGCAGGGCCUGUUCGGGCCCGAGGGGGGCGACAAGAGCGUGUACGGCGCGCAGCUGGCGGGGCGCGAGGGCGCGGGGAGGGGCCAGGGCCCGCUGCUGCCACCGCAGCGCGCGGAGAUGCGCGGGAAGCUGACGGUGGUGCUGGACCUGGACGGGACGCUGGUGAGCACGUACACGGUGCGGCGCGCGCCGCGGCUCCCGCGCGAGGUGCGGAGCUACGUGGUGGGCCGGGGCGGCCCGCUGAACGUGGACGGCGUGUUCGUGGUGGAGCGCCCGGGUCUGGGGGACUUUCUGCGGUCGCUGGCGGAGGUGUCGGAGGUGGUGCUGUUCACGGCGGGGCUGGAGGACUACGCGGCGCCCAUCGUGGAGGCGAUCGACCCGGACGGGACGGUGUUCUCGCACUGCCUGUACCGCCCCGCGACGGUCGAGAGCCGGUACUACUCGUGCGUGAAGGACCUCUCGCUCCUGGGCCGCGACCUCUCCAAGACGCUGCUCGUCGACGACACCCCCCUGGCCUUCCUGCACGACCCCCACAACGGCGUCCCCGUGUUCAGCUUCAAGGGCGACCCGGACGACCGGCUGCUGAACGAGGCCAUCCUUCCGCUCCUCCUCAACCUGUCGCAGCAGCAGGACGUCCGCCCCGCCCUGCGCCGGCGCUUCCAGAUGGACCGCUGGUUCCUCCGCAACGGCUUCAACCUGAUUGAGCUGGGCGUGAACCUCGAGAUCGAGGAGGUCCCGCAGCAGGCACACCCCACGCACAAGCGCGCCCUCUCCGCGGACGAGGCCGCGCUGGCUCCCGAGGGCGCCGCGCUGGCGACCGACGGCGCACUGGGGCGGGGACCGGACGGUGGCCAUGACGCGCCCGUCGGCGAGGCGCAGGCGCCGCGCGAGACGGGCACCGUCGGACGCGCCCCCUCGAAGAAGAUGCAGUGCACGGAGGAGCAGGCGGCGGCGCGCGCAGCCCCGCAGGUGCACGUGGCCGAGGCCGAGCAGCCCGUCACGGACGCGGCGGGGCAGGACGCGGCUGCGGCGACGGCGGCGGCGGUGGCGGGCGCGCCGCCGCCAGAGGGGGCGCAGGGGCGUGCGAUCGAGGCGGCGGAGGAGAAGACGCUGCUGCUGCUGGACUUCGACCAGACGCUGAUCGACUACGACAGCUUCGGGCGGCUGCUGGGCCUGCUGGCGCCGGACACGCUGCCGGUGUGGAUGUCGAUCCGGCAGCCGCAGAACAGCGUGCCGAUGUCGAACGCGAUCUGCAGCGCGCUGCAGCGCCGCGGGAUCACGCCGCAGAUGAUGGAGCGCACCCUCGAGAAGAUGGGGAAGAUGGAGUUCCCCGCGGAGUCGGCGGAGCUGUUGCGGGAGGCGCGCAAGCGCGGGGACGUCUACACGGUGGUGAUCUCGGACUGCAACGACUGGCUGAUCGACAUCAUGCUGCGCGCCGCCGGCGUGCGGGACACCGUGGACGAGGUCAUCGCGAACGCCGCGUCCUGGGCGCACGUGUCGCACGCCGCCGACGCAGGCGGCGCGGCGCCCCCCGUGGACGCGGGCAAGGGCCCCGCGCCGACGCCCAGCCACGACGAGGGCGCGUACCGCCUGACGGUGUUCCCGCGGCACACGUGGUCCCGCCCCCCGCACGGCUGCAUCGCGUGCCCGGCCAACAUGUGCAAGUCCCUGGAGCUGGACGCGUUCAAGAAGCUGGACAGCACGCCGCGGUUCCGGCGCGUGGUGCUCUGCGCGGACGGCGCGAACGACCUGUGCCUGGCCAUGAGCCUCGGGCCGGAGGACGUGGUGCUGGCGCGGCGCUCGUACGGGCUGCACAAGCUCAUCCAGCAGACGGAGGGCGACGCGGUGUGCUCGUCCGAGGGCACCAAGGAGGCCGGGGUGCGCGCGCACGUGCGGACGUGGACGGAGCACGGCGACCUGCUCGGGCGCGUGCGGGCGUGCUUCGAGCGCGCGGACGACGCCGACGCGUGCAUGGACGGGGACGACGCGGACGGCGGGGGAGCGCGCGCCACCUCGCCCCCGCAGGCCAUCCCCACGACCUCCGGGUCGCAGGCAGUGCGGAUCCCCGCCGCGGCCCGAUGA